UAUAAGAAACCGCUUUCCCUUCAAUCUUCCUAGCACUUCUGAGCUAUUUAGCUCACAUCAAAAUCUGCAACCAUGAAGUGGGUAACAUUAAUUUCAUUUAUUUUCCUCUUUAGUUCUGCUACAUCCAGGAAUCUGCAAAGAGCUGCUCGAGAUGCAGACCACAAGAGUGAGAUCGCCCAUCGCUACAAUGAUUUGAAGGAAGAGACAUUUAAGGCAGUGACCAUGAUCACCUUUGCCCAGUAUCUCCAGAGAUGCUCUUACGAAAGCCUGUCUAAGCUGGUGAAGGAUGUUGUUGAUCUGGCACAGAAGUGCGUGGCCAACGAGGAUGCCCCUGACUGCUCCAAGCCCCUGCCCACCAUUUUCCUGGAUGAAAUCUGCCAAGUAGAAAAGCUCCGUGACUCAUAUGGUGCCAUGGCUGACUGCUGCGGCAAACCCGAUCCGGAAAGAAAUGACUGUUUCUUGUCAUUUAAAGUGCCCCAACCAGACUUCGUUCAGCCAUACCAAAGACCAGCUGCUGAUGUGAUCUGCAAGGAGUACCAGGACAGCCGGGUGUCUUUACUGGGACAUUUCAUCUAUGCCGUUGCGAGAAGGAACCCCUUCCUGUACGCCCCAACCAUCCUCGGCCUGGCUGCUGAUUAUGAACAUGGCCUUCAACACUGUUGCAAAGAGAGCGACAUCGGUACUUGCUUGGAUGAAAAGGCAACUGCCAUAAAAGAAAAAGCCAAGAAAAUCAGUGUGAAGCAGCAGUACGCUUGUGGAGUCCUCAAGAAGUUUGGAGAGAGAACCUUCCAAGCAAAAAAACUUUCUCACCUGAGCCAGAAAUACCCCAAGGCUCCAUUCUCGGAACUUGUUAAACUUGUACAGGAAAUAAAGGGUGUCUAUGAAGAGUGCUGCUCAGGGGACAUGAUAGAGUGCAUGGACGACAGGGCAGAGAUUAUGGCCUACGUAUGCUCUAAACAAGAUGUUUUCUCAAGCAAAAUCAAAGAGUGCUGUGAUAAGCCCAUUGUGGAACGAAGCCAGUGCAUCAUGGAGGCAGAGUUUGAUGACAAACCCGAAGGUCUUCCCUCACUCGUUGAAAAAUACGUGCAAGAUAAGGAAGUGUGCAAAAGCUUUGAGGCAGACCACGAUGUGUUCUUGUCACAGUUUGUAUACGAAUACUCACGGAGACAUCCCGAGUUCUCCACGCAGCUGAUUCUGAGAGUUGCAAAGGGGUAUGAAACACUCCUGGAAAAGUGCUGCAAAACAGACAACCCUGCCGAGUGCUACGGAAAAGCUCAAGAGGAAUUGAACAAACACAUCCAAGAAACUCAGGAUGUUGUGAAGACAAACUGUGACCUUCUCAAUACCCAUGGCGAAAAAGACUUUCUCAAAGCAAUCCUGGUCCGCUACACUAAGAAAAUGCCUCAGGUGUCAACCGAUACUUUGCUUGAAAUUGGAAAGAAAAUGACAGCCGUUGGUACCAAGUGCUGCCAGCUGCCUGAAGACAGGCGUAUGCCUUGUUCUGAAGGAUAUCUGAGCAUGGUGAUCCAGGAUAUGUGCAGGAGACAAGAGACCACACCUAUAAAUGACAAUGUGUCCCACUGCUGCAGCGAUUCCUACGCUUACAGAAGACCGUGUUUCACUGCCAUGGGAGUAGAUACCAAAUACGUGCCUCCAGCAUUUGACCCUGAGAUGUUCAACUUUGAUGAGAAACUGUGUACCGCUACUCCUGCUGAAAAGGAAUUAGGGCAGAUGAAAUUGCUGAUCAACCUCAUUAAACGCAAGCCUCAGAUGACAGAAGAACAAAUCAAGACAAUUGCUGAAGGUUUCACUACCAUGGUAGAUAAGUGCUGCAAGCAAUCAGAUGUUGAGACAUGCUUUGGGGAAGAGGGUGCAAACCUCAUUGUCCAGAGCAGAGCCACAUUAGGAAUCGGCGUGUAACACGUGGUUGCCAGGGGGGAAAAAUACGAAGAAAAAUCCUUCCGUGUAACUUCUCCCACCCAUUACCACUUUUCCUUUGAUACCGAAUGAGUAUUUCAUAGAUCGUCAGUGUUUUGUCACAUGCUUUCCCAGGAACUUUUCAAUCCUAUUACUUGGAAAAAAAUGGAGAACAAAUAAAAGCUUUAUAAGUCUGCA